AUGUCGACGAACUAUCUGAUCACUGGAGCCAACCGAGGCCUGGGCCGCGGAUUUGUCUCGACCUAUCUCAGCCGCCCAAACAGCGUCGUGAUCGCCGCCGUUCGAAACCCGUCAGAAGAAUGCGUCAAAGAUCUCCAGUCGCUACCCAAGGCACCAUCCAGCUCUCUGAUCGUUGUCAAGAUCGAUAGCUCCUCCGAGACCGACGCCGCAGCGGCCGUCAAGCAGAUUCAGGACGAGCACAAGAUCGCCAGUCUGGACGUUGUCAUCGCCAAUGCGGGCACUUCGGGUAGCAUCGCGCGGGUCGAGGCCCUAACACCCUCGGACUUGGUUGAAACGUUCAAGAUCAACGCCGUGGGCCCGGUUCUGCUCUUCUCCGCCGUUGCGCCGCUGUUGAAGCAAUCGCAAAGCAAGCCCAGAUUCGUCACCAUCACUUCCUGUUUGGGCACCAUUGGGAACAUGGAAGAGUAUCCCUUUCCGGCUUCCAGUUAUGGCAUGUCCAAGGCCGCUUUGAACUUUGCCACCAAGAAGAUUCAUCAGGAGAACGAGCAUUUGAUCGCGUUCCCAAUGCAUCCAGGGUGGGUUUACCUAGUCUUCAGUCCUUCUUUUCUCUCACUCCUCGCGGCUUCAAAACAUGAUGCGUCCAUCCACCUCUGUGGUCUUCCCGUCUCCGUUGUCGAGGCAACGUGCUAG